CUUAUGUAAAGCGCUCCACUUGCUUGAUAUCAGACUGUAUACAUAUGGAAGGAAAGUACACCAAGAUUAUCACAACAUAAGAAUGGAGUUUUUAUUCUUACUAGAGCACUGAAAUCUUUUCAAGUCCACCAACUGGGCAAAAUGGCUUCAUCUCUUGGAGAAGGUGUGAAGAGUAACAAACGGUGGAGGGUGAUUCCCUUCAUGUGCUGCACGGCAGUUCAAACAGUAGUGCAGGAUAAUGAAAAUAGUGAGGAGAAAUCCUCUUUAGUAGAUGAUAAGAUUGAGAGCGGAGUGCGUUAUGGCCAUUCCAACAAGAAGCUGGGAGGAUGGAGAACAAUGCCUUUCAUUUUUGCAAACGAACUGUGUGAGAAGCUGGCAGUGGUGGGGUUCUCGGCCAAUAUGGUGUCGUAUUUGACAGAAGAGCUUCACUUACCGCUAGUAAAGGCUGCCAACACGCUAACUAAUUUUGGAGGUACGGCCAGCUUGACACCUCUCUUGGGAGCUUUCAUAGCCGACGCUUAUGCUGGCCGUUUCUGGACCAUUGCGGUUGCCUCCAUCAUCUAUCAAAUCGGAAUGAUAGUAUUAACCGUCUCUGCCGUGCUGCCGACGCUCCGACCUCCGUCAUGUGACGGGAAGGCGGGGACGAUGUGUAAGGAAGCGUCAUCCCAACAGCUGGCGAUUCUCUACAUGGCGCUUCUGUUAACUGCGAUUGGGUCGGGUGGAAUUCGGCCCUGUGUGGUGGCUUUUGGGGCCGACCAAUUUGAUGAGAAGGACCCAAAGCAGGAGAAAAAACUGUGGAACUUUUUCAACUGGUAUUACUUUUGCAUGGGCCUUUCUAUUCUCAUGGCGGUCACUGUGAUAGUUUAUAUUCAGGAGAAUGUGGGAUGGGGAUGGGGUCUUGGCAUUCCUGCAGCUGCUAUGGCCUUUUCCAUUGUUGCAUUCUUCAUGGGAAUGCCUCUCUACCGCUAUUACAAGCCCAUGGGCAGCCCGCUCACCCGGCUAUUGCAGGUCAUUGUCUCCGCCUUCCGGAAACGCCAUCUGAGCAAGCCCUCUGAUCCUUCCUUGCUUUACCAUGACAAAGAAAGGGACAUGGCCAUUUCCCCUGCUGGAUGCUUAACGCACACUAACCAGCUCACGUUCUUCGACAAGGCGGCAAUCCCGCAUGAUACAGACAGAACCGAGGGAGCCACAAGACCCAACCCAUGGAGGCUGUGCAGCGUGCACCAGGUAGAAGAACUCAAGUCCAUAAUCCGAAUGGGCCCAAUAUGGGCAGCGGGCAUACUCCUAAUAACAGCCUCAGCCCAACAGAACACAUUCUCCCUAAUGCAGGCAAGAACAAUGGACCGUCACUUGGGCUCCUCCUCAUUCCAAAUCCCACCAGGCUCCAUGAGCGUCUUCACAAUACUCUCACUCCUCCUCACAAUAACUCUCUACGACCGAAUCCUCAUGCCCAUUGCCCGCCGAUUCACGGGCAGGGGCCGGGGCAUCUCAUUCCUUCAACGCAUGGGCAUCGGCUUCUUCAUAUCCGUACUAGCCACCGCCGUAGCCGGUCUAAUCGAAGUGAAGCGCAAGUCUGCAGCGGCCCAUUUUGGGCUUCUCGACCGGCCAAAGGAGGUCAUUCCACUCAGCGUCUUCUGGCUGCUCCCCCAGUACAGCCUCCAUGGAAUUGCAGAAGCUUUCAUGUCAAUCGGUCACCUGGAGUUUUUCUACGACCAAUCGCCGGAAAGUAUGCGCAGCACCGCCACAGCACUUUUCUGGACCUCCAUUUCUGCCGGAAGUUAUUUCAGUACUUUUCUCGUCUCCACAGUCCAUAAACUCAGCUCACAAAACGGCCAUCAGAACUGGCUCCCUGCAAAUCUCAACAGAGGCCGCCUUGAGUAUUUUUACUGGCUUAUUACCUUACUUCAAGUGCUCAAUCUCUUCUAUUACUUUAUCUGUGCACGCUACUACACUUACAAGCCUGUCGCUGUUGCUGCUGCUGCGACUGGAACCUCUGACCUGCCUGUGCACAUGGAAGCUGCCAUAUCAGACAAUGAGAGUGCACCAGAAAAUGGAAGUGUCCAGAUGGCCACGUUGCUGCCCCAGUCUGACAGAAUCCAUUUUCUGGAACCCAACAGAUCGGUUCAGUAGCCAUUAUCAUCAUCAUCAUCAUCAUAAUUAUUAUUAUUAUUAUCAGCUUACAAAAGUUGCGUUGCCUAUGUAGUGUUACAUAACUAUGAUGUAUGCAAUUAGAAUAUAAAUCAUAUGAGCAAAUUAGUCA